AUGACACCUUCCGACCCAGAGGUACACAACAGCCCCCUCCAGACGGGCACAUACCCGCCGCCCGCAGCGCCGCGCGCGCCUGGAGGCGGGGCCAAACUCAGCCCCCGACCCCUAAGCCCCCAGGUCAACCCCAGAGGGGAGCGGUCGCGGCGCGGGGCGCGGCCCGGGCCCCCGCGGCGCCGGGCAGGCGGGGAGGGGGCCCGGCUGUUGGCUCCGUACCCCCCCAGCGCCGCCGCCGCCGAAAGGAGGCCGGCGCAGCGCAGCCGACACCGACGCAGGGCUCCCGGCUCAGGCUCCGGGGUGAGCGCGCCCGACGGCCUCGGCCGGGACAGAUCCCGGGACGGAAACGGCGCCGUGCCGGGCCGCCGGACGGGUGGACCCGAAGCGGGCGCGGGUCUGGCCGCGGCACCCCCGCGGGCCCGCACGACCACCCACGCCCUGCCAGGUCACAAGGGCUGGAGCUCCGAAGGGCCCAGGGCCCCUGAGCCAGGAGUAGAGGAGGAAGUCCAAGGAAAGAUGGCUGGCAAUCACCCUUACUUCAACCUGCCCGACUUCACCCAGCCAUCGCCGCCCUCCACUCCGGCCAGCCUCCCCCCGCACCAGCGCUGCCGGCCCUCCGAUGCCACCAAGGGCCUGCUCGUGGCCCUGCUGGGUGGGGGCCUGCCUGCUGGCUUUGUGGGCCCCUUCUCCCGCAUGGCUUACCAGGCCUCUCGCUUACCCUCGCUGGAGCUGCUCAUCUGUCGCUGUCUCUUUCACCUCCCCAUUGCCCUGCUACUGAAAGUGCGUGGUGACCCCCUGUUGGGACCUCCCGAUGUCCGGGGCCGGGCCUGCCUCCAUGCCCUGCUCAACGUCCUCAGCAUUGGGUGCGCCUACAGCGCGGUUCAGGUGGUGCCUGCUGGCAACGCAGCCACGGUCCGCAAGGGCUCAUCCACCGUCUGCUCUGCCCUCCUCGCCCUCUGCCUCGAGAGCCAGGGUCUCAGCGGCUACGACUGGUGUGGUCUGUUGGGCAGCACCCUGGGACUCAUCAUCAUUGUGGGACCUGGACUAGGGACGCUGCAGGAGGGGACCACGGGCCUCUACACCGCCCUGGGCUAUGUGCUCGCAUUCCUGGGCGGCCUGGCACUGUCGCUGGGGCUCCUGGUCUAUCGUUCCCUGGACUUCCCCUCUUGCCUGCCGACAGUGGCCUUCCUGUUUGGCUUGGUGGGGCUGGUGGGCUCGGUGCCAGGCCUCUUCAUACUGCAGACCCCUGUGCUGCCCAGCGAUCCUCUGAGUUGGAGCUGUGUGGGGGCCGUGGGGAUCCUCGCCCUGGUCUCCUUUGUGUGCGUGAGCUAUGCAGUCACGAAAGCCCACCCUGCCCUGGUGUGCGCCGUCCUGCACUCCGAGGUGGUGGUGGCCUUGAUGCUGCAGUAUUACGUGCUCUAUGAGACCGUGGCGCCUUCUGACAUCAUGGGGGCAGGGGUGGUGUUGGGCAGCAUUGCCAUUAUCACCGCCCAGAACCUCAGCUGUGAGAGGGAGGGGCAGGUGGAGGAGUGA